GUGGACGGGCGGCAGAUCCGAGUGGACCAGGCCGGCAAGUCCUCCGACAGCCGGUCCCGUGGCUACCGCGGCGGCUCUGCCGGCGGCCGGGGCUUCUUCCGCGGGGGCCGCGGCCGGGGUCGCGGCUUCUCCAGAGGAGGUGGGGACCGGGGCUACGGGGGCGGCCGGUUCGAGUCCAGGAGUGGGGGCUACGGGGGCUCCAGAGACUACUAUGGCAGCCGGAGUCAGGGCGGCGGCUACGGCGAGCGGAGCUCGGGCGGGUCCUACAGGGACAGCUACGACAGCUACGCUACACACAACGAGUAAAAAUCCUUGCUGCUCGAGAUCGUCCUUCCAUUGGCUGUAUAUUUAAAGAUUUUGGGAGCUUCGCUGAACCGUUAAUGUGUAGUGACCACAUCUCCCUGCACCCCACUUUUGUAGUUCUCUCGGUUCUCAUCUUGUCAAACAGCCUGACUGCUGCAGACCCCCAUGGCCCCCUCACUAGA